AUGGCAGAAGGACUAGAUCCGUUGCAGACGCAAGCCGACGUUGAGCCACUAUUUGGAAGGAUGCAGCUCACCUCGCCUGACACGAUCGAGCCCUUUGACGGCAGCCGACGUCCAUCAGUUUUUCGCCCAGCCAUCGCCAUCGACGCGGUGGCUCUCAUCACCACAGAAUGUAUAACAAUUACAUCGGCCAUGCGCAAGAACCCUCGGUGGGCACAAUCGAACAUAUCGACCAUACUCGGCGGCGGGGCGAGCAAAGAGAAGGAGAAGGACAUCCUCCGGUCAGCCUCUCAGCGUGCCAGGAGGACUGCUGGCAGACUCAGCAUCCCAGACCCGACCAGCAGAGCUGCUACUCCGAAUAACCGCGAACCUGCAGAGGAAGAUUCGGACACAACGUUGGCAAGUAGAUGGGGUCUGCGUGGCAAGAAGGGCAAGAGUCUAGCCGACGAUCCGUUGCUAGCUGCAUUCGCACGUUUAAGGAGGGAUCUGGCCGGCUGCCAGGACAUUUCAAAGGUCGAUGCACCGGAAUUGCUACAUCCCUUCUUGCAGGUCAUUCGAUCGUCAUCUACGAGCGCUGCGAUCACGAGUCUGGCGGUCGACUCUGUCACGAGGUUCUUUGCGUACAACAUCAUCACGGUGCAAAGUCCGAGGAUAUCCUUUGCUAUGCAUCUGUUGAGUGCGGCCAUCACUCACUGCCGCUUCGAGGCAAGUAACAAUUGGUUCGACGAGGACGUCUUGCUGCGAAUACUCGAGCUCAUGAAGAGCAUUAUGACGAGGCCGGAAGGUCAACUACUAGGCGACGAGAGCAUAUGUGAGAUGAUGAGCACGGGACUGAGCAUGGGCUGUCAAGCACGGCUUAGCAAGAUCCUGCGCAAAAGUGCUGAGAUGGCUAUGGUCACCAUGUGCCAAGUUGUGUUCGGGCGGCUAAAAGAGCUCAAGGUUGAGGAACCACUGCCCAAGGCACGAAGUAGGGCGGGCACACUGGCGAGCGUCGUGGCUACGGACGAUGUCAGGAUAGACCCUCCCAUGAAUGGUAGUGUCAUGGGCAACGGCUCAGCUGAGGGGAGACCCAGCAUCGAAGGAAGCGAGAGCAGACCCCGUGUCGAUGCUACCAAUGCUGCAGACCGGCCAACGUCCUCGCUCGAGCAGCUUCAGCCGGUACAGUCGAACGGCGAGUCGACCGAGGACAUCAGACCGUACGGCUUGCCCUCGAUAAAAGAGCUGUUUCGCGUUCUGAUCGAUCUGCUCGAUCCACACAAUCGUACUCAUACCGAUCCCAUGCGGAUCAUGGCUUUGAGGAUAAUUGAUGUGGCGCUCGAAGUUGCUGGGCCUGCUAUCGCUCGCCAGCCCAUGCUUGCAGAUCUCGUGCAAGAUUCGUUGUGCCGGCAUUUGUUUCAGCUUGUCCGAUCAGAUAGCGUAGAGCUGCUUGGGAGCUCAUUGCGCGUGGCAGGGACACUACUAGCCACUUGUCGACAGCUGCUGAAGCUCCAGCAGGAGCUAUUCCUGUCGUAUCUUGUGGCCUGCCUACAUCCCAAGGUUCCGAUACCGCCCGAGCCCGGGAUCGACCCUUCGCUAUAUGACGGAAUCCCUCAAACACCUACGGUGGUCAGGCCGGCACCAUCACAGCCAAGUAGUGGCCGGUCGACUCCAGUGCCGAUCAAGGACCGUCAAAAGCUCGGUCUUGAGGGCGGCGCAAGGAGGCCGGAGGCUCGAGAGGCGAUGAUAGAGCAUAUUGGCACUCUGAUCCGAAUACCAACUUUUAUGGUGGAGCUUUUCGUCAACUAUGAUUGCGACGUCGACAGGCAGGAUCUGUGUAAAGAUAUGAUCGGCCUGCUAUCGCGGAAUGCGUUCCCCGACGCAGCAACAUGGAGCACGACAAGUGUCCCUCCGCUGUGCUUAGAUUCAUUACUGAGCUUCAUCCAAUUUAUGGCAGAUCGACUACAUCAGCCACUUGCAGAGGACGCGCCUGAACAGCUGGCGAAGAUUCGAGCGCAGCGAAUGCGCAAAAGACUAGUCAAGGCAGGCGCAGCAAAGUUCAAUGACGACCCAAAAGCAGGCGUGGCGUAUUUGACAAAGCAUGGCAUCAUUGCCAUUCCCGACGACCCUAUGCAGAUUGCUCAAUUCCUCAAGAGCACCGCGCAUAUCUCAAAGAAGCAGCUUGGUGAGUUCCUGAGCAAGAAGAAUAACCAGCCGUUGCUCGUAGCAUUCAUGAGUCUCUUUAAAUUUGCUGGAAAGCGGAUCGAUGAGGCGUUGAGGGAAGUGCUAGGUUCCUUCCGAUUGCCAGGCGAGUCCGCCCUGAUCGAACGUAUUGUUAGCACCUUCACGGAAAAGUAUUGUGAAGAAGAUGAUGCUGGCGUGAUUGCCGACAAGGAUGCUGCAUUCGUAUUGACAUAUGCUGUCAUCAUGCUGAACACGGACCUAUACAAUCCGAACGCGUCGAAGACGCAGAAAAGGAUGACACCGGAAGACUUUGCCCGGAAUUUGCGAGGAGUCAAUGGCGGUAAAGACUUCGCCUUGGAAUACUUGCAAGAGAUAUAUGAUGCGAUCAAGGACAAUGAAAUCAUUCUCCCUGAUGAGCACGACAACAAGCAUGCAUUCGAUUAUGCUUGGAAAGAGCUACUCAUGAAGACCCACGAUGCAGGCCCCCUGGACCUAUGUCAGACCAACACUUUCGAUGCGGAAAUGUUCAACGCGACCUGGAAACCUAUUGUGGCUACACUCACAUAUGUCUUCAUGUCUGCUUCAGACGACGCCGUCUUCUCUCGAAUCGCGGUGGGCUUUGACCAAUGCGCGCAGCUUGCUGCCAGAUACAAAAUCACCGAGGCAUUCGAUCGUAUCGUCUACAGUCUAAGCCAGGUCAGUGGUCUGGCUGCUGAGAUCCCGCCAAGCACGUCACUGAACACGGAGGUUCAAGUCGAGGACGACCGGAAGAUCAUGGUAUCCGAAUUAGCAGUGCGACUUGGUAGGGACUACAAAGCACAAUAUUCAACAGUGCUGCUAUUCAGGAUAUUGACAGGCCACGAAUUCGCCAUCGGAGACACUUGGAUCUACAUUGUCCGCAUUGUGCGGAAUCUAUUCGUUAAUUCUUUCAAUUUGGUGUCAUUACCGAAGCUCGAGGAUGCUCGACUAGCCAGAAUUGAGUCUGUCGCUCUACAGCCGCCUUCGCAGGAUACGGACAAGGAUGGGAGAGCGGGUGAAAGUGGCUGGAGUCGGACCUUUGCAAACUAUUUCUAUGCGCCACCGGAGCCAUCAGAGGAUGAGGUUGAGAACACUAAAAGUGCCGUCUCCUGUGUCGAACUAUGUCAACCUGCCCUAGUCAUAAGUCACAUGUUCGGAAUUCCAGCAAGCCAGACGAAGUCAUUAGUGAAUGCGCUCCUUUCCCAUGUGGAGGAAUCCACUCCUGUGGUGACUGUGAUGCCAGAGCGACCUCUUCCUGAUGCGUCGAGGGCGAACGGCCACAGGCAGAGAUCGGGUCCGGAGUAUGAUCCAGGGACAGUCUUUCUACUAGAGCUUGCGACAAUUCUCUCGGUACGUGAUGAGGAGACAAUAGCUGUAGCCGGAGAAAAGCUGGCCAGCACACUGCAGAAUCAUGUCAGGGACGCCUCAAACAUGCAUCCUGUGGCUGUGUCUAGGGUAGUACGGCACCUGCUUGAGCUUCUGCGUCACGCAUAUGAGCAUGAUUUUAUCCGCGCUCCUGUAGUCCUACACAGCCUAAACAGCUUCGACGACAGUCUUCUUACUAUCGCCGCACCAUCGAUAGUGGAAGGCCUUGCAGAAUGCAUCUCUCCGUCCACGCCACUGAGGAACGAGAUCACCAAUUCUCCUGAUUUCUGGUCCAUCUUACAACGACUUCACCAGCGCAAGACUCAGGCAGAAAGCGUGUUCAACAUCCUCAAUACCCUUACCAGCACUCAGCCGAGUGCAGUCACUGCAGAUAACUACGAGGCUACUAUCAAUCUUGCGAAUGAAUUCGCAACUGCUGGUCGUAUUGGUGCUCCACAACAACGACCAACUCAGGGCCGUCGCGGCCUUCCCCCACCACCUGCGAAACCCAAUCCAGGAGUCAAUGUCAUUGUACAACGAGCUCUGCAGGCAGUCACACUCAUUUACAAAGUCACAGAACUGACGCCGACCCUUAUAGCGCAGUCACAUCUCGAGUAUAGCGAGGCUUGGACAGCAUACUGGGGUCCAAUAUUUCGGUCACUCCGUAUGCAGUGUACGAACCCAUGCCGCGAUGUGCGGAAUAGGGCAAUCAGUGCAUUGCAACGCGUCUUGCUGUCGGAAGACCUGGCGAGUCAGAAGUCGGUCAAGCCAAACUCAGAGGAAGGCCCUGAUCAGCCCCAUCCCUGGACCGACAUCUUCACCGAGGUCCUGUUUGCGCUCAUUCAGCGGCUAUUGAAACCCGAGGUCUACCAAAUCGACCCCACGGGCAUGAGCGAAACUCGCGUCCAGGCGGCGAAAUUGCUCUGCAAUAUUUUCCUGCGUUAUCGUGAUCUUCUUGCUGUACUACCCCCUCGUGUCACGGAGAAGGAAGAGGUCGUGCCUUCUGAGGCUCUCCAGCAAGAGCAAGGGGCUGACGCACCCACUUCACCCCAGUCGCCAACCAAGAAGAUCGAGAAGAGGAAUUGGCUAAUCCUCAUCUGGGCGCGUACGCUAUACUACCUCGAUCGUCUGCUCAACAGCGGCGUGUCGAAUGGCGAGCAGGAAACUAUGCAGGAGGCCGUGAUGGAAGGCGUGAAGAAUUGUCUGCUUGUUAUGGCUGGUGACGGGUAUUUGAUACCGCCACAUCAGCAGCAGCAGGAGAAGCCGCGAGGAGUGGAACAGGAGCUGUGGCGGGAGACGGCGAAGAGGGUUGGGAGGCUCUUGCCGGGCUUGUUGGAGGAGCUGUUUCCGCCUCCUACGGCGGCGCCAACGGUUGAGCCUGCCCUAUCGGAAGGACCGCCUCAGGAUGGCAACGGCCCAGCAGUCGAGCAGGAAAGUGCUCCUGCUGCUGACGGGAACACUGUCGACACACCAAGAGCUGAUGCGCACUCCCGACCCGGGAGCUAG